AUGGCUAGUUCUUUAGUGUUCGAUUGUUGUAUAGUAGUAACAAGCUUGUUUAUGUCCCUAAACUUUUCUUCUGCUCAAUCGACGAGGGCUUUCUUUGUUUUUGGCGAUUCACUUGUAGACAGUGGCAACAAUGAUUUCUUGGCUACCACUGCACGCGCAGAUGCUCCUCCUUAUGGCAUUGACUUCCCAACACACAAACCCACUGGACGCUUCUCUAAUGGCCUAAACAUCCCUGAUUUAAUCAGCGAGCAGCUUGGCUUAGAGCCUACUAUGCCGUAUUUGAGCCCUUUACUAAUCGGAGAGAAGCUCCUAGUUGGUGCCAAUUUUGCAUCUGCGGGGAUAGGGAUUCUUAAUGAUACAGGAUUUCAGUUUUUGCACAUCAUUCACAUCUACAAGCAGAUGAAGCUAUUCGCACAUUACCAACAAAGGUUGAGUGCACAUAUUGGUGAGGAGGGGGCUCGGAUACUAGUAAACAAAGCACUAAUUCUCAUCACUCUUGGAGGCAACGAUUUUGUGAACAAUUAUUACUUGGUCCCCUAUUCAGCAAGAUCUCGCCAGUUUUCUCUCCCAGACUACGUGAAAUAUCUCAUAUCCGAGUACCGCCAAGUCCUGAGGAGGCUUUAUGAUUUGGGAGGACGUAGAGUUCUUGUAACGGGUACGGGACCAAUAGGGUGUGUACCUGCAGAGUUAGCAAUGAGAAGCAGAAAUGGUGAAUGUGACACGGAACUCCAGAGAGCUGCGUCCUUAUACAAUCCACAACUUGCUGAAAUGAUCAAAGGACUCAACCAAGAAAUUGGCGCUGACGUCUUCAUUGCUGCAAAUGCAUAUCAAAUGCACAUGGAUUUCGUUACCAACCCUCAAGCUUUUGGAUUUGUGACAUCAAAAAUAGCUUGCUGUGGGCAAGGCCCGUUCAAUGGGAUUGGACUAUGCACAGCCCUUUCGAACUUGUGUCCAAAUCGAGACCUAUAUGCGUUUUGGGAUCCAUUUCACCCAUCGGAGAAAGCUAACCGAAUCAUAGUGAACCAGAUCCUAACUGGCUCCACCCAGUACAUGCACCCCAUGAAUCUUAGCACCAUCAUGGCCCUUGAUUCCAUGGUUUAA